AUGGCAUCUGAAUCAGAACAUGAAAAGGCCAACAUGGUAGCGGACCACAUAGAGAUGCCGGAGAAAGGUUUCGCAGACAGCCUACAGCCCUCGAAUGGUGAUCUCCAGCUUAUCAACACCACUGGUGAGAUCAGAAGAAUCCCCAUUCCCUCUAGCGAUCCAAAUGAUCCACUCAGCUUUUCUAAAUGGAGAAAGUUGGGCAUCUUGAUCUGCUGCUGCUGGUUCUCCAUUUUCUCUCUUGUCCUUGUUGGCAGUCUGGGUCCGAUCCUCGGCGUAUUCAUCGGUCUCUAUGCUCCUUCUGGACAUUCCGUGCAACAGGUCGUCAAUCUUACUACAUACCCAAGCUUGGUAAUGGCAUUUGGCAGUUUUCUUAUCCUUCCUCUGUCCAUGAUGUUUGGUCGACGACCUAUCUUCUUGGCAUGUUCUGUCCUCCUGAUAGGAUCCACAUUUGGCGCUGGUGCCAGCAACUCAUACAAUACCCACAUGGCUUGCCGUAUCCUCCAGGGUAUUGCAGCUGGAGCGACCGAAUCUGUAUUGCCUUUGAUCAUAACAGACAUAACUUUUGUGGAUGAACGUGGUCUAUACUUUGGCAUCUACUGGGGCACUCAAAAUCUCAUCAAUACCGUCUUUGGAAUUAGCUCUUCCUACCUGGUUGCCGCCACAUCUUGGAGGUAUUUCUACUGGGUCCUUGGCAUCUUUGCUGCUGCUGGUAUAAUCGCUGCAUUGUUCCUCUUGAGUGAGACAAGAUAUACUAGAUCUCCGGCUUCAAUGAAUGGUCAGGUCCUUUUCACUGACGAAUGGGGUGUUACUCAUUUCCUCACCGAUGCCGAAGCUCGCCAACGCUUUGGAGUUGUGCAGCAAUCAGACAGCCAAGAGCAUCCACAGAAAACCUAUCUCGAACACCUCAACCCUAUCAGCGGUAUCGCACCUAAUGCCCUGAAGCUCGGUCUUGGUGCAGAGUUGAAGAUGCUCCAAGCUCUGAGUUCUCCUGGUGUCAUCUAUGCUAUUUUAGUAUCCUCGAUUGUCCUCGGGACCAGUAUCGCCAUGUCGCUUGUUUAUGCUUCCAUUUUGACGGCCGAGUUUCAUUGGUCCGAGAAGUCAGUCGGGCUAGUCAACGUUGGUGUCUUCCCUGCAUCUAUUGCAGCCAUGUUCUACGCCGGAUACAUUGGCGAUAAGAUGAAUCUCUGGUUCGCCAAACGCCGCAACGGCGUCCACAUCCCCGAGGACACCCUUAUACAACUUAUCCUACCUUUCAUUGUCGGCGCGGUUGGAAUCAUAAUUUUUGCUGUCACAGCGAAUGAUCCAGAAAACCACUCCUCUUGGGGCAUAAUAAUGGGCUGGACCCUCUACGAAUUUGCGUUCAUCGUCGUAUUGGUCACAACCACGCACUUUGGCUCUGAAGCCUUCCCGAAGAACCCCGGACCGGCUUUAGUUGUUGUCAUCGGAAGCAAGAACAUCAUUUCCUUUGGCGCGUCUUUUGGUAUCGUGCCCAUGGUUCAUGCUUACAAUUACUUGACUGCGUUCAUGAUUCUCUUCGGCAUCUACUUUGGCAUCUUCUUACUUGGCAUUCCUGUCUACUUCUUCAAUCCCAAGUGGAGAGCCUACAUGGCUAAGGACAAAUGA